ACUCUUCUCAUUACACAACUAUGAACGCGUAACACAAGAUCGACGAUCCGACACUGUACGCAAUAGAGAUGAAGUAGAGACAGACAGACCGAAGCGUACGAUUCAUGUUGUCAACCGUCAUUGUUUUCAUGUGGCCACUCGAGAUACCUGAAGUUUUCGACUCAAUUAAUAUCGAUAUAAAGAUCUUAUAUCGUCGUCGUCGUCGUCGUGACCAAAUUUACUUCCGAGACAUCAUCACGUUUAACCCUAUGCAAAAUUAUUACUCUCGUAUUUGGCGAGAGUACAGUCGAUGACCACCUCGUAAAAUGUAUAAACAGCGUCGAGAUCUUUAGAUGUGCGCUCGCAAUUCACCCUGUCAAUCACCGCCCCGAGCAAGAUCAUCCCCUACCAGUAGUGAAAAUCCGACAGACGAUAGAUUCCGUCAUCAGCAGCCGCCGCAUCCACCCUACAUACCCUAUUAUCCACCACCACCGCCUUAUUUGAACCCAUACGGCCCUUACCCGUACCAUCCUCCGGGCGGAUAUUACACUCCUUAUUGCAACGACGUCCAGGAGCCGAAAGGCGUUGGCAACGGUGGCUCUUCAUGGUUCGGCAUUGUACUGUUCUUCUUUCUGUUGCUGUUCAUCGUUAGCUUUAUCUUCUAUCGGUCCCUAUCUCGCGAUACCCAGCGAAGAUUACACGACGCCAGGUUACCCACUUUGAUCCAACCAGCAGCAUUACAGGAUCAUAAUCGGGACAGGGUCUCUUAAAAAAUAACCAAAACUGAACCGAUGACCUUUCUGACCACCUGUAGACUACUGCCGCCGCCGUCGCCGCCGCCGCCGCCGCCGCAACCGCGAAGAGAAAAAAGGAGCGGAAAGAAAAUUAUCUCGCCGCCCAAUACGUUCUAUACUCCGAUCUAACCGAUCCGAACGAUAGAGAUUAUAAUGUUCUGUGCGAUGCAUGCGAGGAUUGUCAUCCUGUGUCGGAUGGCACGUGGCCGACGAAACGUGCAACUAAUUACUCGGUUUGCGAACGCGACGCGAGUAGAAACGAAGGUGUCAUAGAAUACAACCGGUUGGAAAACAAAGUUAACGUCGCCACCGAUAUAUCUGAUACUUUUGUGAACGAUAUCACACGAUCGGUAGCGUCAUGAACACGAACAGCAAUUAAACGAGCUUGGUAACUUUCCUUUCGCGUUUCACACACCGUUUACAAGUCAAUGGCGUUGCUAAUCAUUGCGGUAACUCGAACUCGAAGAAACGCGUACGGUCACGAGCGAGUAAACUGAUCCAGGCGUUGGAACCAGGUAAUCAGGCACUUUAACAAAGAGACGCGUUUCGUUCAGUGUGUACGCAUCACAUAUUUUGUAUGU